UCUUCCCUUCUCCUCCUCCCAUAGUCAGGAGCUACUUAUCCUCUCAUGUUGCAGAAAUCCACAAAACCCCAUAGAUCCCACCUCUAGACUCUAGUACUCCUCGAGAUCAGAAUAUCAGAUCAUCCAUGCAUGGCAUCCCUGAGCCCUUUUGCCACUCCCACCACAGCUCUACAUGUCUCCCAAACCUUUAGACGACGGCGACGUAGCGCCGCCGUGUCUAGCCCCAGAUCCUUGUCCUUCCUCUGCCAAAGCCGCCUACCGACGGAGCCGCCGAUCGGCGGCGGAGGAGGAGGAGGAGGAAAGAAGAGGGCGUGGUGGGUCGACAUGGCUGAAAGGGUGCACGGCGACGUGGUGAAGGCGGGGAUGGCCGUGCAGGAGAACCUGAGUCCCAAGCAGAAGGGGGACUGGAAAGAUGUCGCCCUCAUGAGCCUCUCCUUCGCCGUCUACGUGUACAUCUCCCAGAGGAUCGUGUGUACAUAUUGCGCCUGGGUUUCCAUGACCAAUCACUAGAUAGAUUAGACAUAUAUAGUCAGUUAACUUUGGGUGCAUGUUCUCGAUCGAAUUACGGUGCCGGACGCCAAUAAAGUCUCUCUGUUAUUUUACUUGUAUACUUUGUCGUUCUAUUGGGUGGAUCCUUUUCUCGGGCUAAACAUGAUCCAGAUUCAAGUUGCA